AAAAAAUGUGCCCGUGACGUAAAAAUCGUCACUUAGUAUAAAGCCCAAGUCCCUCCUCUUCGGGCUCAUUCCUGGAUUUGGUCAAAGGUGUGAAUUCGCAUUGCCGAAGACUGGCCCGUCGAGGACUUUGAACAACUCUACUCAAAUUCAUAUUUUUUUCAUCAAGUAAUGGACAUUCGAUUACUAUUUUUGCCUCCAGUUUGUUCCUGAAGGAAAGGCUAGCUUUCAGCCCCACCCAUAAGAAGUAUUUAAGUUGGUAUUAAAACCAUGAAGGUUGACGAUAUAAAAUUGAUGAAAUAAGAGAUAUAAGUGCCUGAAAAGCACACUCUAAUACACCCGAGACGCUGAGGAUCUAUAGUGUCAAUAGUAAGUUGAUUUUGAAGUUAAAUUUAAUAGAGACCAAUCAAGUGAAAAUGAUCGUAGACGAUAGGCUAGUUAGCGGUAGCUGGUUAACUGGCACCGUAAGAUAGCGUGGUUCUUUUCAAACCAUUUGAAUAUAGACAGUGUUUAAGUAUGAGCUCACACAGGAAAGUGGACGGAGACAUAAGGCUCCGUUUCUUUGUGUGUGAGACGGAAUGGGCGAUUUGUAUAAAUAAAAGUUAAUAGUCAGUAAAUCGUAAAUUAACCAUAAGCAAUCUAUUCAUAAAGAUUGCCGUAGGCACUGAAACGAAAUUCCAGCUCAUGAAGUCGGACUUUUUGCCUGCCAGAUUAAUUUUAUAGGGGCUGCUUCACGGAACGAACACUAACCGCAAUCUAUACAUAAAGAUUGCGUUAGCUUGAGGAUUGUGGACAUAUUUUAUGAAGCACUGUGUGUGUUGAAAUGUCGAUAAUUAAAGCACAGGGACUUUCCGAAAGCCCGCAUCACGUACUCGGCAAUCUGUGGAUAAAGAUUGCAGGAUGACUCAAGCAAAGUGCUCUUUCGAAACACAAACAGUCGGGGAUUGGCAAAAAUGGUGGACUGCUUGUGGUUUGCUUUUCGUCGUCGGACAGCUCCGGGGCUAGCCGAGUUCUCGGAGCAACGGUUUGGAGCUUUUACAAAACUGCCCAGCAGAAAAAGUACCGACUGCCUCGCGUGUAUGAUUGGGUAGAUAUGUGGUGGUUGGUGACUUGUUUACCUCUCAGGUCCACGGUAUUUGCUCGUGUGGGACUGCUUUCGUUUGUCGUCGUCGAAGUGGUUAACAGGGAGGGCUCUGAUUAGCAGGCGGCUCCAGCUCCCUCCCCUCUGACGGGCCGCUCAUCCACAGCAGCAGGCCUGUUCUCUGCUGAAAAGGACAGAUGGCGGGUUCAGUUAACUGCCCUUAUAUAACCGGAGGCGUUAGACGUUACUAUUUGAUUCAUUCAGUUUCUCCUCGAUGAGUAUGCCUUGUUAACAAGUCUACUAUUUAACAAACAACAGUAACAAAUAACAGUUAAUAAUAUAUUUUUUAGGGCUUGUUCAUUUGAGCAUAGUCCGAGUUAUUUUCCUAUAAAGUACCAGUGAUAAAUCUAGUAACACCACAGUAUGGCAGUGCACCAAUAAUGCUAUUUCCCCCACUGAUCCAGGGCCAUAAUCACCACUGAUUUUGUGUAUAUGCGUAACAAUUGUGACAUUUACAGGAAGUGGGUUAUUUGCAGUGUUGUGGAGGUCUGAGACUAUAUAUAACUUCUACUACAGCAGUUACCCGGACAUGGCAGGAGGACCGGUGGACCCCAGAGAGAUUCUAAAGGGUGUGGAGGCUCUGCUGGGGAAAGAUGGAGAGCUGCGCAGCCUGGAGGGAGUCCCAAAGGUGUUCAGCCUGAUGAAAGCUUCUAACAAGAUGGUCAGUAGAUGUAUGUACCUGAGCAUCCUUCUGCAGACCAAAUCACAUGAUGUUCUGAACAGGUUUAUCAGAGUUGGUGGCUACAGGAUGCUCAACUCCUGGCUCACCUACUCCAAAACCACCAACAACACCCCCCUAUUGCAACUCAUCCUGCUCACACUGCAGAAGCUGCCUCUCAAAGUGGACCACCUCAAGCAGAACAACACAGCCAAGCUGGUGAAGCAGCUGAGCAAGAGUGCAGACACCGAAGAGCUGAGGAAGUUGGCGUCUGUGCUGGUAGAAGGCUGGAUGGCUACAAUCCGCUCCCAGAGUGUGUCGAGCAGCGGCAGCUCUCCUGCUGAUAAGAAAAAGAAGAAAGAGGAGGGCAAGGUUCCGGUGCGGGACGUGAGGGAAAAGAGUGGAGAUGAGGAGAAGAAGAAGGAGAAACCUAAAGCCCAUGCACCCAGCCACGCAAAGAUUCGCUCCAUAGGUUUGGACAUUGACACUCCCAGCAUGGCCCCUGCUAAGAAGUCGCCCACCGCCCCACAGUUGGGCGACAAGUACAACAUCAAGCCUCCAGUCCUCAAGAGGCCAAGCUCUGGUCCAUCAGAUGCUCCACCUCUGGAGAAAAAAUACAAGCCUCUAAACACCCCCUCUAACUCUGCCAAAGAGAUCAAAGUCAAGAUCAUUCCAGCACAACCGAUGGAGUGCACAGGGUUCCUUGAUGCUCUGAACUCUGCUCCAGUGCCUGGGAUCAAGAUCAAGAAGAAGAAAGCCGGUGCUGGUACUCCCCCUAAUACCAAGGCUGUCUCCCCCACGUCUAACAAGGCGAGUCCCUUUGACAACAAACCCUCUGCAUAUUCAUCUUCAUCUUCUGCAAAACCGUCAUCCCCAGAAACGGCUACUUCCAUCACUCCUAUUGAUGAAAACCAGGAGCCGGAGAGGCCUGGGACCCCCGUUCCCUCCGAGGAGAAUGAGGUCUCUGACAACGGUGAGAAGCCUAACGCUCUGGCAGAACCACGAGGAGAAGAAGAAGGCUUGACCAAGAAAGGCAAGAAGAAGAAGACAGUUCACUGGGCUGAGGAGGAGCAGCUCAAACACUACUUUUUCUUUGAUCUGGAUGAGACAGAGAGAGUCAAUGUCAACAAGAUAAAGGACUUUGGUGAGGCCGCCAAACGAGAGCUAAUGAUGGACAGGCAGACGUUUGAGAUGGCCCGCCGGCUUUCCCAUGACACCAUGGAAGAGAGGGUCCCCUGGACCCCCCCAAGGCCCCUGACGCUGACCGGCAGCCUGGUCAUCCCCGGGGCCAACAGCACAGAGAAACUCACCCAGAGAGACCGUGAGAUGGGCAUCCUGCAGGAGAUCUUCCUCAGCAAAGACAGUGUGCCCGACAGUCCACAUGAACCAGACCCAGAGCCUUAUGAACCCAUGCCUCCCCGUCUCAUCCCUCUGGACGAGGACUCCACCAUGCUGGACGACGGCUACGUUGAGCCCAUGGACACGACGUCACAGCAGGGCUCUGCCAUGGCCCAGAACGAGAGCUCCAAGCUGCCCCCUGUCCUGGCCAACCUCAUGGGAAACCUGAGCAACAGCUCUCGCAGCCCUCAGGCUACACCCACAGUGACCAACCCUGUGACUCCCGCUGUCAACGUACAGGAGCUGCUCUCCUCCAUCAUGGGGGCUUCUGGUAACCAGUCUACUGAAGACUUGAUCAAGCAGCCCAACUUCUCAGACAAGAUCAAACAGCUACUGGGCUCCCUGCAGCAGACCCAGAACCAGAACCAGGUUGGACCUCCACCAGUCAACCCGGGUUUGUUGGGCCACGGUCCAGGCAUGAACAAUAUGAACAUAAACAUGCACAUGCCCAUGAACGGUGGCUACCCACCCAAUAACCCGCCCGGCGGUCCACGCUUCAACCACCCUCCACCCCCUCACAACCACGGCCCACCUUUCAACAGCGGUGGAGGCCCGCGCAUGAUGGGUCCGCCCCCGGGCCAGGGCCGAGGAGACAAUGGUAACUACUGGGUAGAUGACUCCAUGAGAGGAGGGCCUCACAGAGGGGGCCACUUCCACCGAGGAGGCCGAGGCCGAGGAGGAGGAGAGCCGGGCUUCAGGGGCAGAGGACGAGGGGGGCCCAGAGGAGGACACAACAACAUGAAUGACAUGUCCAAGAGGCCUGUGUGUCGUCACUUCAUGAUGAAGGGAAGCUGCAGGUACGAGAGCAACUGUGCUUUCUACCACCCUGGUGUAAAUGGACCCCCGCUGCCCCCCAACUACCCCGCUAACAACCAACACAACCAGCACCCACAGCAUGGACACUAGUGGCACUGCUGUCAACUGAAACAACUCAGAGCUGGGAUCAAACCCUGCACCGUUUGAGACGUCACUCUGCAGCCGACUGGCCUGAAGCAGCCAGCUUUGCUCCCCUGAAAGGCGAGUGAAGGCUGGUAGUCGCUCACUGAUGCCACUGUGUGUUUUUAUUGGGAUCAUUUUAAACAGUGACACUGAACCACUAUGUCUGAGCUGCUGCAGCUAGCUGCCGUCUAAUCCGUGUCUUUCCACUCCAUUAACGCGGUCGACCAAACAGACGCCGCCUACUCGGCAGAAAGCUUUCCACACCACUGAAUUCCUUCUGAUUGUGGCUGUUGUGCUGUGUACAUGUGAUAUUGCUCUCAUGUUCCCUUUAGUUGGGCUCCUUCAGGAGAGUCAGAAAAGUGACACAAACAUUUACGAAGCACUUUAUGACGCAAAAAGCUAACACGGCCAUGAUUUAUUAAAGGUGGGCCUGAAGACAAACUGCAUGGUGAUCAGAUGUUCGGUUCUUCCAGCAGCUGCUAUUGAAUGUGAGGAGGUGAUGAAAAAGAAGCCACAGCAGUGUGUCUUACCAUAUGUAAGCUUCCCCUCUGUGCAUCCUGUUGAGCAGCUUAGAGUGUGUGGCAUGACAAUCAUGAGCUUCAAACAUGGCGUGGUGCUGUCACAGUCCAGAGCUGCUGUGUCUUCUGUAGUUCGUCUGAACCCAGAGGAGACAUACGACUGUUUUCUGUGAAAACGAUGACCUUUGUGUCUCUUGUGGGACUGUGAGAAUGUAUUGGUUGUUGAUUUUUCUUUUUUUUCAUGCGAUCAUCAGAAUGUUGGCCCUUUUUUAAGAUGGGUACAGUUUUUGUCGGUAUGAAAUGUUUGUGUUAAUACAGAAUACACAUUCAUACUAUUAAGUCAUAUUUUUCGUUGAAUUCUUUUGUACACAGUGUAUUGAAUAAAUGU